GAGUCUAUGGCAGCAGCUUGAGUUCCAGAGUGCACUGCAUCAGCUAAACAGCAGGUAGAUACAUUGCUUUGUGACAGUCUUUCAAAGCUAUGCUAUUCUUAUUGCUCUGUUCUGAUUCUUGUUAUGAAUGCUUUCAAAUGCAUUACCUAACACAACUGAGAUAAAUCAUGGUAGGAGAUGAAAGAGAACGAAUUGCCAUGAGCAAAGAGGAGGGGAAGAGGACUAUUUCGUGGUCAUAUCCAGCCCUGAUAAAGUUGAGAGGACUGCCUCUUCUAAGAAUGUGACUGAAUGGAUGAUUUAGGACUUACAAAAGAGAGUUGUACAAAUUGCUUGGACAUGGGAACCUGAACAUCUUCUGCUCUUAUAGUCACUUUUUAAAAAAAAAUUUCUGGAGGAGAAACCAAGGAGAGACCUUUAAACAAAUUCUGUACAGCAAAUUCAGGUGGAGAUGUUUUGGUUUUAUUCUGCACUGGUAAUGUUGGUGGCACAGAGUGGACACCUGGUCAAAUCUCAGGUUGAUUCUGAUGGUACUGUUACAGCUGAAGAACAGAUAUAUCUUCUUUUGGAAGCUAAAAUACAGUGUGAACUUAACAUCUCAGGCCAGCUGCAGGAAGAUGGAGAAGGCGGUUGUGUACCAGAAUGGGAUGGAUUAGUUUGCUGGCCUAAAGGAACACCAGGAAAAAUCCUUGCAGUUGCUUGUCCUCAUUAUGUGUACGAUUUUAAUCACAGAGGGCUGGUAUUCAGACGAUGCAGUCUUAAUGGAACAUGGGAUAUCUUACACAGUUUAAACAAGACAUACUCCAACUACUCAGAAUGUAUUCGCUACUUGGAACCUGAAAUGAGCCAUGGAAAGAGAGAGUUUUUCGAACGACUUUAUGUCAUGUACACAGUGGGAUAUUCAAUAUCCUUCUGUUCCUUGGCAGUAGCUAUCUUCGUCAUUGGUUAUUUCAGGCGUUUACAUUGUACCAGAAACUAUAUCCACAUGCAUUUGUUUGUAUCAUUCAUGCUACGAGCUGCAAGUAUCUUUAUUAAGGAUAAAGUGGUUCACACACACAUUGGAGCAAAAGAACUUGAUGCAAUGCUAAUGGGGGAUCUACGAAGUAUUAUGGUGGCUCCAGUGCUGGACAAAUCUCAAUAUGUUGGGUGUAAGAUUGCAGUUGUCAUGUUCAUUUACUUCUUGGCAACAAAUUACUAUUGGAUCCUAGUUGAAGGACUUUACUUACACAGCUUGAUUUUUGUGGCCUUCUUUUCAGAUACCAAAUAUUUGUGGGGCUUCACACUCAUAGGCUGGGGAUUUCCUGCUGUAUUCGUAGUUGUGUGGGCAGUGGUACGUGCAACCCUGGCAGAUGCAAGAUGUUGGGAACUAAGUGCCGGAGACAUUAAAUGGAUUUAUCAAGCACCAAUUUUAGCAGCUAUUGGGUUAAAUUUCAUCCUGUUCCUGAACACAGUGCGGGUACUUGCAACAAAAAUCUGGGAAUCAAAUGCAGUUGGUUAUGACACCAGGAAACAAUACAGGAAGCUGGCAAAGUCGACAUUGGUUCUAAUCUUGGUGUUUGGGGUACACUACAUAGUGUUUGUGUGCUUGCCACACACCUUCACUGGCUUAGCCUGGGAGAUUCGGAUGCACUUUGAACUUUUCUUCAACUCAUUCCAGGGCUUCUUUGUCUCAAUAAUCUAUUGCUACUGUAAUGGAGAGGUGCAGACUGAGAUUAAGAAAACAUGGACAAGAUGGAAUCUUGCAUUUGACUGGAAAAGCACAACCCAUUGUGGCAACUUCAGGUAUGGUUCUGUCCUGACCAAUAUGACCCACAGCACUAGCAGCCAGUCUCAGAUGGUAACCAGCUCUCGUAUGGUAUUGAUCUCCAGCAAAGUGAGUCGAAGUGUCAGUAAGCAGGUCGAUGGACAUAUGAAUUUACCAGGGUAUGUUAGAAGCAACUCUGACCAAGACUGUCUGCCUCAGUGGAUCCAGGAAGAGACAAAUGAGGAUGAAGAAAAACAAGUUGAUGACAUAUCCUUAAAGGAAACGCUGAGGCCUCUGCAGAUGAACACUGAGGCCGAAGUCAACAGAAACGAAAUAGAAGAAACACUGUAAUGAGCCACUCUGGGAAGGGAUCUCAAGGACAUUACAUGAAAACGGGUAGAAAUGUCUUAUUAUUUUUGCAAGCUGCAAAACCACUGUAUAGACGCAUGACUCAGUGAAAAAAUAUAAUUCAUAAAAGAUAAUUGCCACAUUUCAUAACACAGAAAAGCACAAAA